AUGAUUUAUCUGAUUCUUAUAAUUGAUUUUGCAUUAGGCUUAUUGGUAUGCGAACUCUCCAUAGACAUUUGGAGUCGUUGUGUAAUCUUUUGUGGAGAAACAGAGGCGAACCGGCAACUGCACCAGUUUGAAGAAGCUCUUCCACUUCCACAGUUGGCAAUUCUGGUGACGAAAAUUUCUGGCUUCCUCACUGAAAAAGCAUGGGCUGGAGGCGCUUUUAACUUUUUCCUCUAUGUGCUAGCUAGCCAUGUAGUUGGAGCCCUGUGGUACUUGUUUGCAAUAGAAAGUGAAAUGAGAUGUUGGGAUAUUGCAUGUGAAAGGAAUAAUUGUUACUCCAAGUAUUUAUACUGUGGAGAAGGGCGUGUUGGCGAUUUUGGGUUUUUGAACGAUUCAUGCCCUCUUCUUGAGCGAAAUGAAAUUAAAGGUUCAACAAACUUUGAUUUUGGAAUAUUCCUUGAUGCUCUUCAAACUCGUGUGCUGGAAACUAGAGACUUCCCUCAGAAAUUCUUGUAUUGUUCAUGGUGGGGCUUGCAGAGUCUAAGUUCACUUGGUCAAGGACUUAAAGCAAGCACUUUCUAUGGGGAGAUUUUAUUUGCAGACUUCAUUGCCAUAAUUGGGCUUGUUCUAUUCGCUUUGCUUAUUGGCAACAUGCAGAAAUACUUGCAGUCUUUCUCAAACCUGACUCUAAGAGUGGAGGAGAUGAAGGAAAAAAGGCGAGAAGCAGAGGAUCUCAUGUCACAUAUUUCCCUCCCUGAAAAUUUAAGGGAGCGAGUUAGAAGACACAAGCAUUACAAAUGGAAGAUAACAAAGGGUGUUGAGUUAGAUUCCUUUGUCAAAGACCUUCCUCGGGAUUUGAGGAGGGACAUAAAACGUCAUCUUUGCUUGUCUUCACUCAUGAGAGUACCUAUGUUUGAAGCAAUGGAUGAACAUAUGAUGGAUGCCAUGUGUGAUCGUUUGAAGCCAGUUCUUUACACACAGAAUAGUUACAUACUCAGAGAGGGAGAUCCAGUACCUGAGAUGCUCUUCAUCACACGUGGGACCCUACAAAGUAUUACAACUGAUGGUGGAAGGGCUGGCUUCUUCAACUCUGAUCACCUCAGGGCUGGUGACUUCUGUGGAGAAGAGCUUCUGACAUGGGCUUUGGCUCCUCCAACUCCAACACUCCCUUUCUCAACUAGAACUGUUCAAGCACUUACAGAUGUUGAAGCUUUUGCUCUAUCAGUUGAUGAUCUCAUGUUUGUGGCUUCCCAAUUUAAACGUCUCCACAGCAGACAUCUCCAGCAUACUUUUAGAUUCUACUCACAGCAGUGGAGGACAUGGGCAGCAUGCUACAUACAGUCGGCAUGGCGUAGACACUGGAGAAGGAAGCUGGAAAUGGAGAAAGCAUUGGAGGAUAGUAGAAUGCAUGAUGCCUUUGUUAAGGAAACCUCCACACUCAGCCUUGGUGCCUCCAUUUAUGCUGCUAGAUUUUCCUCAAAUGCCUUGCGCGUGUUGAGGCGCAAGAAUCAGACAUAUAAUAAUUACACACAAUUGUCAAAACCUGUUUGGCAAAUAAUGCUGCCACCCAAGCCACCACAGCCGGAUUUUGAGAAUCAUGCAACACCAAUCGUUACCUUCAGGUAAAUGUAACUUUCUCCUUCUCAAUGCUUUUUUUUUUUGGAGUAUAUUAUGAAAUGUGAUUAUAGAUAGGCGUUUUUAGCAUUGUAGUGUAGUGGAGUAUGGAAGGAAUGAAUGUAAUCUAGUUUGUAACCAUCUUCUCCAAUUUUAUACAACACAUUAUUUAUGUAAGUACAUGUAGAG